UCUCUGACCGGAAAAGGAGGUUGCCGCGCGCACACAGCAGACAGAUAGAGAGAGUGAGAGAGUAAAAGAGGUGAGCAACUGUCUGAUUACCGGAGAAAAGCGUCAUUUAACUGGAAAAUAAGAGAGUCUCCAGGGAAAACAAAAUGUCAACACGAAUAUUUGGAGGAAAAGCCUGAUCUACUUUGGCAUCUCUUUGUUUUUAAAAAGCUACAGGGAAGGUCAGAAAGAAGGCCAAUCAGAUUCAAGGCCGUUUUAAAGAGGAGCCACUGGAAAUCAUUUUUGGUGUUUUUUAUCUUCUCAUUUUGGAUCGAGAUGAAAGAGAAGAAGAUCGGGAGUCCAGGGAUGACCAUCCUCAGUCCGUGUCGGAUGAUCGCCGCUGUGGCUUUAGUAGUGAUCAUACUGGGAGGACUGGGAGCCGCCAUUUGGGCCCUCGUCACAUAUGUAAAAACAACAGAAGAUACAGGAUUAUAUGAUGUGCAGGUGAGUGCGGCAGAUCAGAGACUGAGGGUGUUUGACUCGACUAAGAGAAGAUGGAGACACGUCUGCUCAUCCAAUGCCAACCAGCUCAUCGCCAACAUUACCUGUGAGGAAAUGGGCUUCGUCAGAGCAGUAAAUGUCUCAGUAACUUGUGCUCCCGAAAGUAACGGAGACCAGGAUUUUUUCUGUGUCAAAGAGGCUGAAUUAACUUACGGGAAGAAGAUAAAAACAGCCCUGUAUCCUUGUAAAUGUGACAAAGGACAGAUUCUAGAGGUGAUUUGUCAGGACUGUGGUCGUCGCAUGCUGCCUGAGGAACGGAUCGUAGGGGGAGAAGAUGCCCGUCAGGGUUCGUGGCCGUGGCAGGUUAGCUUGCAGUAUGAUGCCGUUCAUCAGUGCGGUGGUACCAUCAUUUCAGACCGCUGGAUUGUCAGUGCAGCACACUGCUUUCCAGAGAGGUAUCGUCAUGUUUCACGCUGGCGGGUUAUGAUGGGGUCUAUCUAUAACACCCCUGUCCGCAAGAACAUUGUGAUCGCUGAGGUAAAAACAGUCGUCUACCACAGCAGCUACCUGCCCUUCGUCGACGCCAACAUCGAUGACAACAGUCGAGAUAUUGCAGUCGUGGCGCUGACAAAACCUCUGCAGUUUACAGAUUACAUCCAGCCAGUUUGUCUUCCAAGCUACGGUCAGCGACUGGUGGAUGGACAGAUGGGUACAGUAACCGGCUGGGGUAACGUGGAGUAUUAUGGAACUCAAGCAAACGUCCUACAGGAAGCUCACGUACCCAUCAUCAGUGAUGCUGUGUGCAACGGUCCGGAUUACUAUGACAACCAGAUCACAACCACCAUGUUCUGUGCAGGCUAUGAGAAGGGAGGAACCGACUCAUGUCAGGGAGACAGCGGUGGUCCUUUCGUAGCAGCAGAUGUUCUCUCCAAAACCAGUCGGUAUCGUCUGAUGGGAGUCGUGAGCUGGGGUACCGGCUGUGCCAUGGCCAAAAAGCCCGGCGUCUACACCCGAGUGUCUCGCUUUCUGCCGUGGAUAUCUGCAGCCAUGAGGAUGUAUGAGAAUUCACCAGGAGUGCACAAAAUGGCCCGUGCUGUUACUCCAUAAACAGUUAGGAAAAAUGGAAAAUGUUCUUCGUGAGACUGAUAAAUUCCCAGUUGAGGUCAGAUUUGUUGCUCUGAGAUCGGACGUCUUGGGUUGAUCAGACUGAGGUCAGAUGUUCUGUGUUGAUCAACCUGUUUCGAGGACAAACGUAGAAUAUGUUUUCGCAAUAUCUGACUCGAAGAGACCAGAGCAGAUUUGGAUGCUGUAUAGCACAUUACGUAGAGUAUAUGAAUUGGUAAUUUUUUCUAUGAAGAAUGCUUGUACUCUUUCAAAAAUCAGUCACCAAAAUAUUCAUAAUCAGAUGUGCAAUGCUCAACCUAAAAAAACAAGCAAACAAAAAACAUACACAGCUUAUAAAUAUCUACAGCUCAUUUUUGAAUUUUGAGUUUUGUGAACUAAUCAUAUAUAUUGCAAGUGACUGUUUUAUAAAGUAUUUCAUUGAUUUAUUAACAAAUAUGCAUUUUACAGAUCUUAUAAUUUAACUAAGAGGCUGAACAAACCAAAUAUAUGAACACCUGAUGGUCAUGAAAAUAUAGUUUAUUAUAAAUCACACAAUCAAUAAUAUGACAAUAAUAUAAAACUUUAACUGAAAUGCAGUAUUUACCUAAAUUGUGUUUGCUACCCUUACGAAAUUAACCAUGGUUUUAGUUAAAGUGGACAUUUCACAAGACUUUAUUUAUAAGAUGUCAAAUAAAUCUUUGGUGUCUCCAAAGUACGUAUGUAAAGUUUAAGCUCAACAUAUCAGAUAAUUAUUAUAGCAUGUGAAAAUUGCCACUUUGUAGGUGUGAGCAAAAAUGUACUUUUUUUGGGUGUGUCCUUUAAAAUGCAAAUGAGCUGAUCUCUGCACUAAAUGGGAGUGCUGUGGUUGAAUAGUGCAGAUUAAGGGGCGGUAUUAUUAUAAUAAGAUCCCCUUCUGACAUCACAAGGGGAGCCAAAUUUCAAUUACUUUUUUUCACAUGCUUGCAGAGAAUGGUUUACCAAAACUAAGUUACUGGGUUGAUCUUUUUCGCAUUUUCUAGGUUGAUAGAAGCACUGGAGACCCAAUUAUAGCACAUGGAAAAGUCAGAUUUUCAUGAUAUGUCCCCUUUAAAAAAACAUGGUUACUUAAACCAUGGUUCCCACAAAUUACCAUGGUCUUGCUACAAAACCAUGGUGAAACUACGGUUUUGUGAAAACCAUAAAAAUCAUUGUACCAGACCAUGGUUAAUAUACUAAAUCUUUUUUUUUACCAUGUUUACGUUCAUGUUCAGAUUCUCUCAUCAGUAAUUUUCAUAAGGUGUAGAGGGAGUACAUGUACAUAAACUAAUAUAGUAUAAGGGCAAAUCUUUAGUGCAAGAGCUUAUAUGUAAAACUUUAUUUCUCAUGAAUAUCUAUAAAAAUACAGGCCUUUGUGAAAUGUGCCAUGAUUGUACUUCUGAAAGUACAUUUUAAGAUUUUAUAAAACAACACUGUCUGGGACUAUGGCCAAAAGCAAUGACAAUGUUUAAAAACUAUGAGAUUUAUUUUCCUUGAUGUGUGUUAUGUUAUUUUAUGUAUGGAGUAAGGUGUUGAUGUAAUUGAAUAACAAGCAGUAAUGUAAAGAUACAAACCAAAGUAUGGAUAACUCACUGAGUAAUGCUGUUGCAGUCAGUAUUGUUGCUUGCAAUAUGUUGUUGUAAAUAUAUCGCUUCUUUACGAUGAAAUGCACAGUUUAAUUCAGUUUUGUGUCUAAUUUUAUUUCAAGCUGCUAUAUUGUGAUCUGACUUUUUCUACCAUCACUAUAGCUUUAGAGUAAUUUAGGCCUAACAUAUGAACAGGACUACAGGACAAGUCAAGCAACUUUUAUAUAUAUACACUCACCUAAAGGAUUAUUAGGAACACCUGUUCAAUUUCUCAUUAAUGCAAUUAUCUAAUCAACCAAUCACAUGGCAGUUGCUUCAAUGCAUUUAGGGGCGUGGUCCUGGUCAAGACAAUCUCCUAAACUCCAAACUGAAUCUCAGAAUGGGAAAAAAAGGUGAUUUAAGCAAUUUUGAGCGUGGCAUGGUGCCAGACGGGCCAGUCUGAGUAUUUCACAAUCUGCUCAGUUACUGGGAUUUCACACACAACCUUUCUAGGGUUUACAAAGAAUGGUGUGAAAAGGGAAACACAUCCAGUAUGCGGCAGUCCUGUGGGCAAAAUGCCUUGUUGAUGAGGAGAAUGGGCCGACUGAUUCAAGCUGAUAGAAAAGCAACUUUGUCUAAAAGAACCACUCGUUACAACCGAGGUAUGCAGCAAAGCAUUUGUGAAGCCACAACACGCACAACCUUGACACGGAUGGGCUACAACAGCAGAAGACCCCACCGGGUACCACUCAUCUCCACUACAAAUAGGAAAAAGAGGCUACAAUUUGCACGAGCUCACCAAAAUUGGACAGUUGAAGACUGGAAAAAUGGUACCUGGUCUGAUGAGUCUCGAUUUCUGUUGAGACAUUCAGAUGAUAGAGUCAGAAUUUGGCGUAAACAGAAUGAGAACAUGGAUCCACUGUGCAGGCUGCUGGUGGUGGUGUAAUGGUGUGGGGGAUGUUUUCUUGGCACCCUUUAGGCCCCUUAGUGCCAAUUGGGCAUCAUUUAAAUGCCACGACCUACCUGUGCAUUGUUUCUGACCAUAUCCAUCCCUUUAUGACCCCCAAGUACCUCUGAUGGCUACUUCCAGCAGGAUAAUGCACCAUGUCACAAAGCUCAAAUCAUUUCAAAUUAGUUUCUUGAACAUGACAAUGAGUUCAUUGUACUAAAAUGGCCCCCACAGUCACCAGAUCUCAACCCAAUAGAGCAUCUUUGGGAUGUGGUGGAACGGGAGCUUCGUGCCCUGGAUGUGCAUCCCACAAAUCUCCAUCAACUGCAAGAUGCUAUCCUAUUAAUAUAGGCCAACAUUUCUAAAGAAUGCUUUCAGCAUCUUGUUGAAUCAAUGCCACGAAGAAUUAAGACAGUUCUGAAGGCGAAAGGGGGUCAAACACAGUAUUAGUAUGGUGUUCCUAAUAAUCCUUUAGGUGAGUGUAUAAAUAUAGUACUGUGCAAAA